AAUAAAUGAAAUACCAUCAAGUAACAAGCCAAAAAAAUAUAUAUAUAAAAUGGGGAAAAUUAUGUAGAUGAUGUGGAAGAAUCCACCACAAAGACCCCCACUUGCUGUUAAAUUAUGGUUUCCAUGUAGCAAAGCCAUGAGGAAUUUAUAACAUCUGUUUUUGAAUUUGCUGUGUAAAAAGCUUUCAAGAAUCUUCUGUGCUGCUUCAUGCCGACAGUCUUCUUUUUGCUUUGGGUCCUCUUAAAUACCUUUCUUACAAUCAUGGGGAUGCAUUGGCCAAUUAAUCUGCUGCAUGAAUAUCACCAGCUUUGGAAUGUUUAAAAGAGAAGUUACCGCAAAUAUGAUUUUGCUAGAAAAAAACCCUUGACUUCUCGCCCUGCCUACCAAAGCUUGGAAUAAGACUUCCACUUCUUUCAUGGUGGGCCUCCACUCUCUCAAACACACAAAAACCAGGAGAUAUGGAUGACAUGGAAACAGGUACAAGUGCUCCUCCAGCUAGAACUAGAAGCUUUGGUCUCAGGUCCUUCCAAGGUUGUUGACCCGCAUACUGAAAAUUUUUUGCUUGCCCUUUCCCAGCCAAAAGAUACCUCUCAAUGCCAAAAAAAUUCAAAGUCCUCGGUUCCUUAGGCAAACAGUAAUCAUGUUCCCGAAAUACUAACACUUGACAAUCUUAUGGGGGUCUCUCCAGUCCAACAAAAUCUUUGUCAUAUGCUUCUGUCACCAGAAAGAAAGGAGUUUAACCAACAGAAAUGAGCAGUAAUUAGUGUUAUCAACAUGCAAAACCCAAGUUCUUAGCCAAAGUUGUAACACAUCAAGUUUCACACCCACAAAACCUUAGCCAAAGAGUCAACUAAUAAAUAUCUUAGCAGGAA